GAAAGCCUUUGGCCAGAAGUCACACCUCAUAACACACCAGAGAAUUCACACAGGGGAGAAACCUUAUGAAUGCAGUGACUGUGGAAAAGCCUUUCAGCUGUAAAUCAACCCUCACAAAGCAUCAGAGAAUUCACACAGGGGAGAAACCUUAUGAAUGUAAUGACUGUGGUAAAGCCUUUAUGUGGAAGUCACGUCUCAUCCUACAUCAGAGAAUUCACAUGGGGGAAAAACCAUAUGAAUGCAAUCACUGUGGUAAAGCCUUUAGCCAGAAGCCACACCUCAUAACUCAUCAGAAAAUUCACACAGGAGAGAAACCUUAUGAAUGCAAUGAGUGUAGGAAAGCCUUUGGCAAGAAGGCAUACCUCAUAAAUCAUCAGAGAAUUCACACAGGGGAGAAACCUUAUGAAUGUAAUGACUGUGGAAAAGCCUUUGGGAAGAAGUCACACCUCUUAAAUCACCAAAGAAUUCACACAGGAGAGAAACCUUAUGAAUGCAGUGACUGUGGAAAAGCCUUUCACUGUAAAUCAGUCCUCACAAAUCAUCAGAGAAUUCACACAGGGGAGAAACCUUAUGAAUGUAAUGACUGUGGAAAAGCCUUUGGGAAGAAGUCACACCUCUUAAAUCACCAAAGAAUUCACAUAGGAGAGAAACCUUAUGAAUGCAGUGACUGUGGAAAAGCCUUUCACUGUAAAUCAGUCCUCACAAAGCAUCAGAGAAUUCACACAGGGGAGAAACCUUAUGAAUGCAAAGAGUGUGGGAAAGCCUUUGGCCAGAAGUCACAGCUCAUAACUCAUCAGAAAAUUCACACAGGGGAGAAACCUUAUGAAUGCAGUGACUGUGGAAAAGCCUUUUGCUGUAAAUCAACCCUCACAAAGCACCAGAGAAUUCACACAGGGGAGAAACCUUAUGAAUGCAGUGACUGUGGAAAAGCCUUUCGCUGUAAAUCAACCCUCACAAAGCACCAGCGAAUUCACACAGGGGAGAAACCUUAUGAAUGUAAUGACUGUGGAAAAUCCUUUAUGUGGAAGUCACGUCUCAUCCUACAUCAGAGAAUUCACAUGGGGGAAAAACCGUAUGAAUGCAAUGACUGUGGUAAAGCCUGUAGCCAGAAGCCAAACCUCAUAACUCAUCAGAAAAUUCACACAGGAGAGAAACCUUAUGAAUGUAAUGACUGUGGAAAAGCCUUUCACUGUAAAUCAACCCUCACAAAGCAUAAGAGCAUUCACACAGGGGAGAAACCUUAUGAAUGUAAUGACUGUGGAAAAGCCUUUGGCCGGAAGUCCCAUUUCAUAAAUCAUCAGAGAAUUCACACAGGGGAUAAGCCUUAUGAAUGUAAUGACUGUGGAAAAUCCUUUAUGUGGAAGUCACAUCUCAUGCUACAUCAGAGAAUUCACACAGGGGACAAACCUUACGAAUGCAAUGACUGCGGUAAAGCCUUUAGCCGGAAGUCACAGCUCAUAACACAUCAGAAAAUUCACACAGGAGAGAAACCUUAUGAAUGCAAUGAGUGUGGGAAAGCCUUUGGCCAGAAGUCACACCUCAUAAAUCAUCAGAGAAUUCACACAGGAGAGAAACCUUAUGAAUGCAAUGAGUGUGGGAAAGCCUUUGGCCAGAAGUCACACCUCAUAACGCAUCAGAAAAUUCACACAGGGGAGAAACCUUAUGAAUGCAGUGACUGUGGAAAAGCCUUUGGCCGGAAGUCCCAUUUCAUAAAUCAUCAGAGAAUUCACACAGGGGAUAAGCCUUAUGAAUGUAAUGACUGUGGAAAAUCCUUUAUGUGGAAGUCACGUCUCAUCCUACAUCAGAGAAUUCACACGGGGGAAAAACCUUAUGAAUGUAAUGACUGUGGUAAAGCCUUUAGCCGGAAGUCACAGCUCAUAACUCAUCAGAAAAUUCACACAGGAAAGAAACCUUAUGAAUGCAAUGAGUGUGGGAAAGCCUUUGGCAAGAAGGCAUACCUCACAAAUCAUCCGAGAAUUCACACAGGGGAGAAACCUUAGGAAUGCAGUAACUGUGGAAAAGCCUUUGGCUGGAAGUCAUGCCUCAUAAAUCACCAGAUAAUUCACACAGGAGAGAAAGCUUAUGAAUGUAAUGACUGGAAAAGCCUUUCUGAAGAAAUCAUGUCUCAUCCUACAUCAGAGAAGUAACACAGGGGAGAAACCCUAUGAAUACAAUGACUGGGGAAACCAUUUGGUCACAAAUCAAUCCUCAUAAGUCAUCAGAGAAUUCACACAGCAUAGAAAGAUUAUGAAUGUAAUGACUGGAAAAGCCUUUCUGAGUAAGUCAGCUCUAGCACCCACAUCAGAGAAUUCACACAGGGGAAAAAACUGAUGAAUGUAAAGACCCAUAAGUCAAACUUCAAAAGGCAUCAGAGAAGUCACACAGGGGAUAAACCUUCGGAAUGCAAUGACUUGGAAAAGCCUUUGGCCAAAAGUCAAGCCUUGUAAAUAAUUAGAGAAGCCAUACAGGAGAAACCUUAUGAAUGUAAUGACUGUGGAAAAGUUUUCUUUGCAAAUUUCUAUGCAAAUCAGAGCUCAAUGAACAUCAAAGAAGUCACAGGAGAGAAACUUUAUGAUGGCAAUAACUGUGCAGAAGCCUCUGUUCAUAUGACAAACAUCACAAAGCAUCAGAGAAUUCACAUGGGGAGAAAUGUCAUGAAUAAUGGUAGUAGAAAGCCCUUUGUUAUAAUUUUCAACUAAUAAAACAUCACAGAAUUAACAGGGAAUUUUCCACACAAUUGCCUUUUUGUGCAAAUUGCUUUUCAUUAAAUAACAGAAUCCAUCAAGGGAGAACAAUAAGAUUAUAAUCAGUGUGGAUAUGCCUUUGGUGCCAAUUAUACCUCAUCAAGCAUAACAGAAUUCACAUGGGGAAAAUCUUAUGAAUGUAAUGACUCAAAGUCUUUUACCAUAACUUAGCCCACAUUGCGCAUAAUCAAAUUCAUACAGGGAAGAAAACCUUUGAAAGUAAUCUUGUGGAAAAGCCUUUACUUAGAAGUCAUACCCCACAAGACAUCAGAGAAUUCACAUGGGGGAGAAAUCUUAUGAAUGUAAUGAGAGUUGGAAAGGUCUGCCAAAAUCUCAGCUUACAACAUCAGAAUUCACAAAGUGGAGAUCUUAUGAAUGAAAUAAACAUGGGAAAGCUUUUUGUCAUAGGUCAUACCUCAUAAUCCAUCAUCUAAUUUGAACGGGGAGAGACUUUGAAAAUAUAAUAAGGGAUUGGCUCUGUGGCUCAUUUGGUUAAUCAUCCCCCUGUGGCACCGGUACUUCAUAUGGGCACCGGGUUCUAUUACUGGUCACUCCUUCCAGUCCAGGUCUCUGCUGUGGCCCGGGAAGGCAGUGAAGGAUGGCUCAAGUCCUUGGGCCCCUGCACCAGCAUGGGAGACCAGGAGGAAGCACCUGGCUCCUGGCUUUGGAUCGGCAUAAUUUCAGCUGCAGCAGCCAUUUGGGGGAGAACCAAUAUAAGAAAGAUGUUUUUCUCUGUCUCUCUAACUCUUUCUGUCAUAGAAAGAAAGAGUGAGAGAGGUAGGGAGGGAGGGAGAGAGAGAGAGAGAGAGAGAGAGAGAAUGUAUAUAUUGAAUGUGGAAGAGUUUCCCUUCAAAUAAUGUAAGUAUUAGGACAAAAUUUUCUGCUGGAAAUCACAUCUUAUCCAACAGGGACGCAUGUAACGGAGAAAGCUUAUAAAUAUUAAUAGUGUUAAAAAAGCAUUUGUCACAAAUCUAUCAUACAUCAGAGAAUUCAGAUGGGGGUUUCUUUUUUUAACUUUUAUUUAAUAAAUAUACAUUUCCAAAGUACAACUUUUGGAUUAUAGUGGCUUUUGCCCCACAUAACCUCACUCCCACCUUCAACAAUCGAACCUCCCACUCCCUCUCCCAUCCCAUUCACAUCAAGAUUCAUUUUCAAUUAUCUUUAUAUACAGAUCAAUUUAGUGUAUACUAAGUAAAGAUUUCAACAGUUUGCACCCACACAGAAACACAAAGUAUAAAGUACUGUUUGAGUACUAGUUAUGCCAUUAAUUCACAUAGUACAACACAUUAAGGACAGAGAUCUUACAUGGGGAGUAAGUGCACAGUGACUCCUGUUGUUGAUUUAACAAUUGACACUCAUAAAUAGAUGUCAG